ACACCUGGCCACACUGCACUGGGAGCAAAACAAAAUAAUCCACGUAAAAAACGUAAUAUCCCGGCGUUCAUUUUUAAAAUAUCCGAUGUCAGCCGCCAGGACGCAGGAAUACGAUUGCACCGUCAAGUGCAGACACCGUCAGCAUGGAAACGCCAUCACAGCCGCGCUGACAAAGCGCUCCAUUGACCACCAGAAGCUGGCGGCUUUUAUUUUCAAGACUUGCGGAAAUUUCGCCAAUAUUUUAGACGAUCUGGGCCGCUCGGCGGUGCACAUGUCCGCCUCCACGGCCCGGUACGAGAUUCUGGAGUGGUUGCUCAACCACGGAGCCUACAUCAAUGGCCAGGACUACGAAUCGGGAAGCAGUCCGUUACACAGAGCCCUCUACUACGGCUCUAUAGAUUGCACCGUACUGUUGCUUCGUUACGGGGCUAGUUUGGAACUGCUGGACGAGGACACAAGGUGUCCACUGCAGGCAAUCUGCCGGAAGUGCGAUGACGAUGACCUCGCGACGGAUUCACAAAACGAUGUCCUAGUGUGGGGCUCGAACAAAAACUACAAUCUGGGCAUUGGCAACGAGCAGAACACCAAUACACCGCAGGCGGUGGACUUCUUUCGAAAGUCUAACCUUUGGCUGGAACAGGUGUCACUUGGACCUUACCACAGUCUGUUCUGCGACAAGAAGGGUCACCUGUAUGCUGUUGGUCAUGGAAAAGGCGGUCGCCUGGGCAUCGGAGUGGAAAACAGUCUUCCAGCGCCCAAGAGGGUAAAGGUUUCGUCCAAGCUGAGCGGCGACUCCAUUCAAUGCAUCAGCGUGUCCCGCCAGCACUCACUGGUGCUCACACAUCACUCGCUGGUUUUCGCCUGCGGCCUUAACACAGACCAUCAACUGGGCGUGCGUGAUGCCGCCGAGCAGCUCACGCAGUUCAAGGAAGUGGUCGCGUUGCGUGACAAAGGUGCCAGCGAUCUGGUGCGCGUGAUCGCCUGCGAUCAGCACUCUAUCGCCUACGGCAGCAGGUGUGUCUACGUCUGGGGGGCCAACCAGGGCCAGUUUGGCAUCAGUUCCAACACGCCAUCCAUCACGGUGCCCACAUUGAUCAAGCUUCCUGCGAAAACUACAAUACGCUUUGUAGAAGCCAACAAUGCAGCCACGGUAAUUUACAACGAGGAAAAGAUCAUUACCCUUUGCUAUGCAGACAAAACUAGAUACAUAAAGACACCCAACUACGAAGAUCUCAAGAGCAUAUCGGUGAUGGGCGGCAAUCUUAAGAACUCCACGAAGGGCUCCGCGGCAGCUCUCAAGCUGUUGAUGCUCACUGAAACCAAUGUGGUGUAUUUAUGGUACGAGAACACUCAGCAAUUUUACAGAUGUAAUUUUUCACCAAUUCGUCUGCCUCAGAUUAAGAAAAUACUCUACAAGUGCAAUCAGGUUAUGGUGCUUUCCGAGGAUGGUUACGUUUAUCGAGGAAAGUGCAAUCAGAUCGCCUUGCCAGCUUCAGCACUGCAGGAGAAGUCUCGGGGCAGCCUGGACAACUGGCAGGACAACGAUCAAAACAAAACGGAAAUCUCCCGGGAACACGUUAUCCGGAUCGAGCUGCAGCGAGUUCCGAACAUCGACCGUGCCACAGACAUAUUUUGCGAUGAGGGCUUCUCGUCCUUUGCCGUUCUGCAGGAGUCACACACCAAGUACUUUCGAAAGCCAACACUGCCACGCAGGGAGCACAGCUUUAAGAAGCUGCUGCACGAGACUAGUGACUGUGAUGCUGUCCACGAUGUGGUUUUCCAUGUGGACGGAGAGAAGUUCGCGGCCCACAAGUUUAUCAUUUACAGUCGGGCGCCAGGUCUCAAAGACCUUAUACGUUGUUAUCUGGACAAGGAUAUUUAUUUAAAUUUGAACCAUUUGACGGGAAAAAUGUUUGAAUUGAUAUUGAAUCAUAUCUACUCUAGCUACUGGCCAACAGACGAUGAUAUUGACUGUAUACAGCAAAGUCUGGGACCUGCGAAUCCUCAACAGCGAACUCGCACAUGCGAGAUGUUCCUACCUCACCUGGAAAAGUUUCAACUAGUCGAGCUGGCCAAGUACGUACAGAGCUACGUGCGUGACCAUCAAUUUCCACUGCCCAAUGCCCGCAAACUUUUCAAUCGCUUGUAUCGCUCCGAUCAUCCAGAGUUGUACGAUGUGCGAAUUGUCUGCAACGACGGAAAGGUACUAGGGGCUCAUAAAUGUAUGUUAGUGGCACGGUUGGAGUACUUUGAGAUGAUGUUUAUGCACUCGUGGGCGGAACGCUCGUCUGUCACCAUGGAAGGUGUACCCGCGGAGUAUAUGGAGCCGGUACUUGAUUACUUGUACAGUCUGGACAACGAGGCUUUUUGCAAGCAGGGCUAUCUGGAGACGUUCCUCUACAAUAUGAUAACCAUUUGCGACCAGUACUUUAUUGAGUCGCUGCAGAAUGUGUGCGAGUCUCUAAUCCUGGACAAAAUCAGCAUAAGAAAGUGCGGCGAAAUGCUCGAGUUUGCCGCCAUGUACAACUGCAAAAUACUACAGAAGGGCUGUAUGGAUUUCAUUUGCCAAAACUUGGCCCGGGUACUUUGCUAUCGCAGCAUUGAACAAUGCGAUGGUGAGACUCUGAAAUGCCUAAAUGAGCACUAUCGAAAGAUGUUCAAGAGGGUGUUCGACUACAGACAAAUAACUCCAUUCUCAGAGGCUAUAGAAGAUGAGUUGCUGCUCAGCUUUGUGGACGGGUGUGAUGUGGACUUAAAUUAUAGAAUGGAUGCGGAAUCCAAGCUUCAGCAGGCCGCCAAACACAAACAGAAGGAUAUGCGCAAGCAAAAUGCCCGGCACCAGUAUGAACAGCAGGCCAUAUCAAGCAUGAUGAGAUCUCUUAGCAUAAGCGAAUCGACCCCAGGGCCAGAAGUGCCCUCAUCGCCCCAGGAUAGCGCUCGCAGCGAGGACAAAAACUGGUCUCGUGUGGUGGACAAAAAAGAUCAAAAGCGAAAAGCCGAAACCGCAUUAAAAGUGAACAACACACUUAAACAUGAGGAUCCACCGACCCAAGUACUGGUACCCAUUGAAAGGAAGCCCCUGAAGGAGCAAACACCUCCACCGCCAUCACAUGAAACUGAGCCCACUACACCAUUGAGCAAAAGCUACAACCUCGAUUUUAGCUCCUUGACUCCUCAGUCGCAGAAACUUUCCCAGAAGCAACGGAAGCGUCUUUCUUCCGAGUCAAAGAGUUGGCGGACUAAUAACGCACCCCUGGUGGAACAAUCCCCCACUCCAGUGGCCGUUCCAAAUGCCUGGGGAGUAACAACCACUCCAUCGGGUUCAUUCAAUGACUCAUUUACUUCUCCAUCCACUGGAAGCAUCACGGAUCCCACUUCAUUUGCCAAUAUGAUGAGGGGACAUUCAACCUCUUCCACCACACCCACGGACCAAGGCCAAAGCUUCUCGCGUAUCUUGGCGGAUGAAAAAAGACAGAGGGAAUCCUAUGAGCGCAUGCGAAACAAAUCUUUGGUACACACGCAGAUUGAAGAGACGGCAAUUGCUGAAUUGAGGGAGUUCUACAACGUGGACAACAUUGAUGAUGAGACUAUAACCAUUGCCCGAGUGUCCAGGCCCAGUGAUAUAAACUUUAGCAUAUGGCUGAGGCAGUAAAUUGGUACAGGUAGCUUAGUAGUGUGGAGUGUUUGUCCUAUAGUUUUUGUUUUUAUUAGAGUGUCCGGACUGUUUGUGAUUUUAAAGCGAUUUACUGCGACCGGGUCAUCAAAUGUAGAACUCGGAGCCGCCUGCAAAGAAGCUCUUGCUAUUUAUUUAUAUUCAAAACCAAAUGCAAUAGGAUAUUGGACGGCACAUUGGGUAACAAACUUUAUUGCAUGAGCAUAUAGAUUAUACAGAUAGAUAUAGAUAUUUACAAGCUGGGGACACACUCAACAAUGAGGCAACAAGACAAGUGACGAAUAAAUAGCCAUCUAAGCUAAGCUAAACCGAACCGAACCCGAAAUAAACCCGUUGCUUAUGCAAAUGAGAA